UCUGACUUCCUGGGGCUCAGGGAGAGAGAGUGUGAGUGAGAGAGAAAGAGAGAGAGAGAGAGGCAGAGCCAGACCUCCAGUGGUGCUAGAGGGGGAAACUUGCGUACAUGCUGGCAUCUUCUGUCCUGAGUUUGUGAUCUAGCCCAAAGUUGGUCUACACCUUCACUUCACUGAAGAGGACUUAGAAGUUCAUUCCUUUCUCCAUUUUUCUUCUUCCUCUAUUUUUUGUUUCGUUCUCUUUGGUUUGUCAGCUCACCGGUUCUUUUUUCACCACACCGGUGAACAGGAUGAUAGCCGCACAGCUCCUGGCCUACUACUUCACCGAGCUGAAGGAUGACCAGGUCAAAAAGAUCGAUAAAUACCUGUACUCCAUGCGCUUCUCGGACGAGACGCUGCACGAGAUCAUGGUGCGCUUCGGGCGCGAGAUGGAGAAAGGCCUGGCCAGGGAUACCAACCCCACCGCCACCGUCAAAAUGCUGCCCACCUUCGUGAGGUCCAUUCCAGACGGAUCAGAAAAGGGGGACUUCAUUGCUUUGGAUCUUGGAGGCUCCAACUUCCGUAUCUUGCGAGUGAAGGUUUCUCAUGAGAAGAAACAGACUGUGCAAAUCGAGACUCAGAACUAUGACACCCCAGAGGAUAUCAUGCAUGGGAGUGGAACCAGGUUGUUUGACCACGUGGCCGAGUGCCUGGGCGACUUCAUGGAGAAGCAAAACAUCAAGGACAAAAAACUGCCCGUCGGCUUUACUUUCUCCUUCCCCUGUGCACAGACCAAACUGGACGAGGCUGUUUUGCUGACUUGGACCAAACGAUUCAAAGCCAGCGGAGUAGAGGGCAUGGAUGUGGUCCAGCUUCUGAACAGGGCCAUCAAAAAGCGUGGGGACUACGAGGCGGAUAUCAUGGCUGUCGUAAAUGACACAAUCGGAACGAUGAUGACUUGUGGAUUUGAUGACCAUCGUUGUGAAGUUGGCAUAAUCAUUGGCACUGGGACCAACGCGUGCUACAUGGAGGAGCUGAGACACAUCGACCUGGUGGAGGGAGAUGAGGGUCGGAUGUGCAUCAACACAGAGUGGGGUGCGUUCGGCGACGAUGGGAUGCUGGAGGACAUCCGCACUGAGUUCGACCGGGAGAUCGACAGAGGAUCUCUCAACCCCGGCAAGCAACUCUUUGAGAAGAUGGUGAGCGGAAUGUACAUGGGGGAGUUGGUGAGGCUCAUCCUGGUGAAGAUGGCCAAAGAGGGCCUGCUGUUCGAGGGACAGAUCACCCCAGAGCUGCUGACCAGAGGGAAAUUUGAAACCAAAUACGUCUCAGCCAUGGAGAAGAGCAAGGAGGGCUUGAGCAAAGCCAAAGAGAUAAUGGCCCGUUUGGGUGUGGAGGCAUCGACGGACGACUGCAUCGCCGUCCAGCACAUCUGCAGCAUCGUGUCUCACCGCUCAGCUAACCUCAUUGCGGCCACGCUCGGGGCUAUCCUGCUCCGCCUGAAGGAGAACAAGCACGUGCCCCGCCUCCGCACAACAGUGGGCAUCGACGGCUCCCUCUACAAGAUGCACCCACAAUAUUCCCGUCGCUUGCACAAGACCGUCCGCCGGCUGGUGCCCGACUCUGACGUUCGCUUCCUCCUCUCAGAGAGCGGCAGCGGCAAAGGGGCUGCCAUGGUAACUGCCUGGGCCUAUCGGUUAGCCGACCAGACCCGGCAGAUUGAGGAGACCCUGGACCAGUUCCGUCUCACCAAAAACCAGCUGCUGGAGGUGAAGAAGAGGAUGAGGGUGGAGAUCGAGACCGGUCUUGGAAAGAACACCCAGGACAAAGCCACUGUCAAGAUGCUGCCGACAUAUGUGAAACAGACUCCUGAUGGGACAGAGAAUGGAGACUUCUUGGCUUUGGAUCUGGGUGGAACAAACUUCAGGGUGCUCUUGGUGAAGAUUCGCAGUGGCAAGAGGAGGACUGUGGAGAUGCACAACAAAAUCUAUGCCAUCCCACAGGAGAUCAUGCAGGGAACUGGAGAGGAGCUUUUUGAUCACAUCGUCCACUGCAUAUCUGACUUCCUGGACUACAUGGGCAUGAAGAAUGCCCGCUUGCCUCUUGGAUUCACUUUCUCCUUCCCUUGCAAGCAGACUAGCCUGGAUGCGGGCAUCCUUGUGAACUGGACAAAAGGUUUCAAAGCCACCGACUGCGAGGGGGAGGAUGUUGUGGGACUGCUCAGGGAGGGCAUUAAGAGGAGGGAGGAGUUUGACCUUGACGUGGUGGCCGUUGUGAAUGACACUGUUGGUACAAUGAUGACCUGUGCAUACGAGGAACCCACAUGCGAGGUUGGACUGAUUGCAGGUACGGGCAGCAAUGCCUGCUACAUGGAGGAGAUGAAGAACAUUGAGACGGUCGAGGGGAAUGAGGGACGGAUGUGUGUCAACAUGGAAUGGGGCGCCUUUGGAGACAACGGGUGCCUGGACGACAUCCGGACAGAGUAUGACAGGACAGUGGAUGAGUUGUCCCUCAACCCAGGCAAGCAGAGGUAUGAGAAGAUGUGCAGUGGCAUGUACCUGGGAGAAAUCGUACGGAACAUCCUUAUCGACUUGACCAAGCGUGGCUUCCUUUUCCGAGGCCAGAUUUCAGAGACUCUGAAAACUCGGGGCAUCUUUGAAACCAAGUACCUCUCUCAAAUAGAGAGUGAUCGUCUUGCUCUACUGCAAGUGAGGUCUAUCCUACAGCACCUGGGUCUAGACAGCACCUGCGAUGACAGUAUCAUUGUGAAGGAGGUGUGUGGCACUGUGUCCCGACGUGCCGCUCAGAUCUGCGGAGCUGGAAUGGCCGCCGUGGUCGACAAGAUCCGCGAGAACCGAGGACUGGACCACCUGAACGUCACUGUGGGGGUGGACGGGACUCUCUACAAACUCCAUCCACACUUCUCCCGGAUCAUGCACCAGACGGUAAACGAGCUCGCCCCCAAGUGCAGCGUCAACUUCCUGUUGUCGGAGGACGGCAGUGGCAAGGGCGCCGCACUCAUCACGGCCGUGGGCUGCCGCCUGCGCGAGCAGGAGAAGCAGCAGAGCUGAGCGCCCAUGGCUUGGCUGACCUUUAACCUUCGACCUCCGCCCUGCGCUCUCCACCCUCCGCCCAGCGCCCCUGUUCCCUCCUCGUUGCCGCCACCGCCACUGCCGCUCCUACAGCCUGAUUGCCGCAGCCGUGACCACGCUUGGCUCCCCUCCGCUCCGCUCAGCUUCGCCCUCCAUCGGAAACACACCAAAGUGGGGGGGAUGAUUCCAAGCUCUCUGUUGGCUCCAUUCCCUCUCGGGUUGUCACAAACAUUAUUCCCUCUGUCGGUCUUUUUCACUUUGUUUAUAUGUGUUAGUGUGUGUGUGUGUGUGUGUGUGUGUGUGUGUGUGUGUGUGUGUGUGUGUGUGUGUGUGUGGGAAGCGGGCUAUCCUCUGUGACUUGAGUCUAUUUCUCAGAUAUUUGUCGUGAGGCUGCUGUAAAAGUGUAUUUUUGUGUGGCUGUACAGAAUAUAUAAAGCAAAAAGGGAAGUUGUCUAGAUACACAGAGAAGAGAAUAUCUUUGAUCCAGUAACAUUGUGUGUAUUAUUUAUUUUAUUUUUGUAUUUUAUGGGAGUGUUAUCGUGUCAUGAGAUGUCACUGAACUUGGCUGUUUGGGGGUUUCGUUUCACAAAAACACGCUGCUGAAGUCCCUGCAGUUUCAGAUGGUAAAUCACAUACUGUACGCUCUCUGCUUAGCGGAGCUCUCGGCCAGACCCAGGGUGGCUUCUACCCUAGUAUGGUAAUCUGCCUGACCAUCAACAUCCAUUUUAUUUUCUCCACAAGGUCAGUGUUACAGUUAAGCUCUCCCAUGGCGGCUCUCCCACGCAUCAACACUUCCUCCUUUUGGUGCCCCCCCCCCCUCUCAUUUGCACAAUAAAAGAACCAACCAUGCACCAAAGCAGACUAGGAUCUGACUGUGUGUGGAAAAUGUCAUGCCUUUGCAAAGCCAAAACUGUCCCUAUGACAAGAAGGGGGAAAUCUAUAACCAUUUGAGAAAUCUUUACAUAUAUAGCACAUACUUAAAUGCAUAAAUAGUAUAUGCAUAUAAAUAUAUAUUUAUUUUACUACAAUUCUUUGAAGGAGCACUAUGUGUUUCCUUAUGUCUCUACAUGGCCCCUUUCUUUUUGCAGUGUAACGUACCCAGGCACAAGCCCUUCUAGGGUGUUACUGUACUAUAAUCCUUCGGCUUUGGGGGCUUGCCAACAUAAUGGUAAAUUUACAGUGGAUGGGUGUGUGUGUGUGUGUGUGUUGCAAAGAUUUCUUUUUGUGAGUUCUACCUUGAGAAUACCUGUACAGUGUAUUUUAGCCCCAGGUAAUGAGGAAUGCAUGCCUUAAUUGGUAACAGAGGUUUAGGACAUUUAUUUUGUACAAUUACAUAGAUGCUCUAUAGUUGCUCCAGAAAGUAAACCGUAAAGAAAAUAUGAUAAAACAUUAUUUUGAUGAGCAACCAAA